CAAAUACACCACUUAAAGAAAUCGGUUGUAAUUCUACAAAUUUAAUGGAACUAAGAGCCAAAAAACGUCAACAGCAACUGACUUCAACGUGUAAACAAAACUUAGAUCAAGAAAAUUUCAAAGAUGACGAAU